GCUAAGAACUCUGGUAACAAAGAAACUAUCCGUCGUGGAGCUCUCAUGAAGAUGCUUCUGAACUGCGCCCAGACCUUACCACUCUGGAUUGGCAAUUCCGGAGAGAAGCCGCCUGCUCUGUGCGGCGCCGUACCACCCGAACAGAACUAUGUGGCUAAGGUAAUUAACGUCAACGACAUGGUAGCUUGUCUCGUACGGGGCAGCGAGGGAGAGGACAAUUGGAUCCUAGCCGAGGUCGUUAGCUACAACACAACGACCAAUAAAUACGAGGUGGACGACAUCGACGAGGAACAGAAGGAACGACACACACUCAGCCGUCGACGAGUCUAUCCUCUCCCGUUGAUGAGGGCUAAUCCUGAAGUCAAUCCUGAGGCACUUUACCCUAAAGGCUCCAUUGUAAUGGCUCUCUACCCUCAAACGACGUGCUUCUACAAGGCCGUCAUUAACCGCCUGCCCACUCUGGCCACCGAGGAAUAUGAGGUACUGUUCGAGGACCCCACCUAUGCCGAUGGCUACUCCCCCCCGCUGAUGGUGGCUCAGAGAUACGUCAUUCAGAUCAAGGAGGUUAGCAAGAAGAAGUGAAGCGUCGUCAAGCGUUCGGGGUCGUGGAGGUGAUUAGUGAAGCGUUUUGGAGUUGUUACAGUGAUUAGUGAUGCGUUUUGGAGUUGUUACAGUGAUUAGUGAAGCGUUUUGGAGUUGUUACAGUGAUUAGUGAUGCGUUUUGGAGUUGUUACAGUGAUUAGUGAAGCGUUUUGGAGACUUUGUGGAGGUGAUUAGUGGUGUGGUUUGGGGUCGUGGAGGUGAUUAGUGAAGCAUUUUGGAGUUGUUACAGUGAUUAGUGAAGCGUUUUGGAGACUUUGUGGAGGCGAUUAGUGGUGUGGUUUGGGGUCGUGGAGGUGAUUAGUGAAGCAUUUUGGAGUUGUUACAGUGAUUAGUGAUGCGUUUUGGAGACUUUGUGGAGGUGAUAGUGAAGCGUUUGGGGUCUUGAAGGUGAUUAGUGAAGCAUUUUGGAGUUGUUACAGUGAUUAGUGAUGCGUUUUGGAGACUUUGUGGAGGUGAUAGUGAAGCAUUUGGGGUCUUGAAGGUGAUUAGUGAAGCAUUUUGGAGUUGUUACAGUGAUUAGUGAUGCGUUUUGGAGACUUUGUGGAGGCGAUAGUGAAGCAUUUGAGGUCAUUGAGAUUACAUUGACGCGUUUGGUUGAUCCGAUGGAGUUUGCUUACGUCGCGUGCUGAAUUAUUGUCAUGGCGACCGCAGACGUUGAUUCUGUUUAUUUAUACGGCGCGCAAGACGAGGUCGUUAGGCGUGUGUGUUUUAUGAGUUUUUUCCCGUAUUCGAGUUUGAGAUCUAGUAUAAUUAGUGCCCCUCCCAAGUGCUCACCUGAAGAUUAGAUUCCCCAAGUGCUCACCUGAAGAUUAGUUCCCCCACAGUACUCACCUGAAGAACCACCCUCCCACCUAGUUUAACCACCCCUCUAACUAUCUACUGGUGAUAGGGUGACUAAUUUCCAGGUCACACGUAAACACUAGAAUGACCUAAUCACCCCGUUCGCGAAAUAGCAUGAGUGAAUGACUCGUCGAACUAACACAUGCAGAAUACACAAGCAAAACGAAUCCAAAAAGUUAAAUUCUCUGCUUGUCGAGGAAUCCAAAAUGACUACAGCCCUAAAUAACGUUGUAAAAUGAUAAAAUACAGUACAGUAAUUGUAUCUACAGUGAACAUAUGUAGAAUUUGUAAAUAUGUGUUUGGGUUACUGUAUACUGUGUAACUGAAAUACAGUACUGUAGCUUGACUGUACCUACAUAAACUUUGAAAUAUAUUAAUGUGGGAACUGAAAUAUCACUGUAAGCUAAAAUACAGUACUGUAGCUUGACUGUACCUACAUAAACUUUGAAAUAUGUUAAUGUGGGAACUGAAAUACCACUGUAAGCUAAAAUACAGUACUGUAGCUUGACUGUACCUACAUAAACUUUGAAAUAUGUUAAUGUGGGAACUGAAAUACCACUGUAAGCUAAAAUACAGUACUGUAGCUUGACUGUAUCUACAUAAACUUUGAAAUUUGUUAAUGUGGGAACUGAAAUAUCACUGUAAGCUAAAAUACAGUACUGUAGCUUGACUGUACCUACAUAAACUUUGAAAUAUAUUAAUGUGGGAACUGAAAUACCACUGUAAGCUGAAAUACAGUACUGUAGCUUGACUGUACCUAUAUAAACUUUGAAAUAUGUUAAUGGGAACUGAAAUACCACUGUAAGCUAAAAUACAGUACUGUAGCUUGACUGUACCUACAUAAACUUUGAAAUUUGCUGAUGUGGGAACUGAAAUACCACUGUAAGCUAAAAUACAGUACUGUAGCUUGACUGUACCUACAUAAACUUUGAAAUUUGUUAAUGUGGGAACUGAAAUACCACUGUAAGCUAAAAUACAGUACUGUAGCUUGACUGUGCCUACAUAAACUUUGAAAUAUGUUAAUGUGGGAACUGAAAUACCACUGUAAGCUAAAAUACAGUACUGUAGCUUGACUGUAUCUACAUAAACUUUGAAAUUUGUUAAUGUGGGAACUGAAAUAUCACUGUAAGCUAAAAUACAGUACUGUAGCUUGACUGUACCUACAUAAACUUUGAAAUAUGUUAAUGUGGGAACUGAAAUACUACUGUAAGCUGAAAUACAGUACUGUAGCUUGACUGUACCUACAUAAACUUUGAAAUAUGUUAAUGUGGGAACUGAAAUACUACUGUAAGCUGAAAUACAGUACUGUAGCUUGACUGUACCUACAAAAUAGUACAUAGGCCUAAUUUUUAGUACAAUAUCAGAUUGAAAAAAGCAUUACAAAAUAUAAGGAAAUAUUUUAACUUGUACAAAACUUAUUAUAUAAAUGACAUAAAUUA